CCUUCGGUGCCGACGACGAUUUGGGGUUUAAAUUCACGGAGGAUUUUGUAGGAUUCGAAAGUGGAUUGAAUUAAGCGGAGAGGGAAUUUGAGGAAAGAGGUGAAACAGAGGAAUGGUCGGGACGAUGAUGAUCCGACGGUGGAGAUGGCUGAGAAAUCGAAUCCGGUGGAAGGAACCUUCGUGCUCUCCAUACUGUUUGGGAAUCCGAUGAAGAGGAUCCGAGCAAAUAGAGGAUUGUUGAAGACCAUGGAGGAAGAGUUUUCUCGUCCACCGAUUAAUCAUGAUGAUCUUCCUAGUGAUGCAAAAGGUGACAGAAGACCAACUUCUGAGAGAGGAUCGUGGAGAAGUUCAAGAGAUCAGAGUAACCGAAGUGGUGGAGAUGAUGACAAAUCACAGCAUCAGCAGGUAUUGAAAAGAGACAUACCAUGGGAGACUUACAUGACAACUAAGCUGAUUUCAGCAACAGGUCUCCAGCAUUUAAGGCGCUACGAUAAAAAACCCGAAAGUGCAAGGGCACAGUUGCUGGAUGAAGAUGGUCCAGCUUAUGUUCAUCUGUUUGUUAGCAUCUUACGUGAUAUGUUCAAGGAAGAAACAGUUGAAUAUGUUUUGGCUUUGAUUUAUGAAAUGCUCUCAGAAAACCCAACACGAGCUCGUUUAUUCCAUGAUAAAUCUUUGGUACAUGAGGAUACUUACGAGCCUUUCUUGAGGUUGCUGUGGAAGGGAAAUUGGUUCAUUCAAGAAAAAAGCUGCAAGAUCCUUGCCUGGAUAAUAAGUGCUAGGCCAAAAGCUGGUACUGAUGCUAUUGCUAAUGGAGAAGCUUCGGGUUCAAAGAAACAGAUUACUACAAUUGAUGAUGUUCUCAAGGGUUUGGUGGAGUGGCUUUGUGCUCAGUUGAAGCAACCUUCUCAUCCUACGCGUGGUGUUCCAAUUGCAAUCAGCUGUCUGUCGUCACUCCUUAAGGAACCUGUUGUCAGAUCGUCGUUUGUUCAGGCAGAUGGGGUUAAGUUACUUGUCCCUUUAAUCUCCCCAGCAUCCACUCAGCAGUCUAUCCAGCUUCUGUAUGAAACAUGUCUGUGUGUGUGGCUUCUGUCAUAUUAUGAACCCGCAAUAGAGUACUUGGCAACAUCUAGGACAAUGCAAAGGCUCACAGAAGUGGUUAAAAGCUCGACUAAGGAAAAGGUUGUGAGGGUUGUCAUAUUGACAUUCAGGAACUUACUUCCUAAAGGUACAUUUGGUGCUCAGAUGGUUGAUCUUGGACUACCGCAUAUUAUCCACAGUCUAAAAACACAAGCAUGGAGUGACGAGGACUUGCUGGAUGCAUUGAACCAACUAGAAGAAGGGCUAAAAGACAAGAUCAGGAAAUUGAGUUCCUGUGACAAGUAUAAGCAAGAGGUUCUUCUUGGCCAUCUUGAUUGGAACCCAAUGCACAAAGAGGCCAAUUUCUGGCGUGAGAAUGUCACAAGCUUUGAGGAAAAUGACUUCCAGAUACUCAGGGUCCUCCUCACGAUCCUUGACACGUCAAAUGAUCCAAGAUCGUUGGCGGUGGCAUGCUUUGAUCUAUCACAGUUCAUACAGUACCAUGCAGCGGGGAGAGUGAUCGUAACAGACCUCAAGGCGAAAGAACGAGUGAUGAAACUGAUGAACCACGAGAACGCCGAGGUCACCAAGAACGCCCUCUUGUGCAUCCAGAGGCUUCUCCUGGGUGCGAAGUACGCUAGCUUCUUGCAAGCUUGAUGGAAACUUUGCAUGUUUCUAUAAUAUGGAAAGUAACCAAAACACACACAGAUUGUGUCCAAACAAAAACUGCAUCAUCUGUUUAUAUUAUUUGUCCUGGAAAAUAUCUGCUCUGCUAUUGUAUGCUUAAAUAGAUUAUUUCUGGGUUGUUUUUUUCCCUUCUUAUGUAUUUAUAUUCAAUAAAAAGAGGCUCCUUUG